CAGUAUUUUUAAAUAUUUGGAGAUUUUGUUCUUCGUGAUCCUUAUAGCUGGAAACUUUAAAGGGAGAAAUUUGAUUUAAUUAAUUCAAAAUUUUCUAUUUCUGUUUCAGCUGCCAAAUUUUCCUGCAGAAAUUUUGAGUAGAAGCAUUUUUCGAAGUGUCGUCAUUAAACACAAGAUUAAAUAUGGUUACUGUUAUUUUAACCCUCUCUCUUACAUGUAAAAUUAUUUGUAGAGAGAAUGGAAAACGGUGUUACUCCUGAAAGUGCCGGUUCCACUGAAAAUGGAGCCAUGGAAGAAAAUGGAGUUAUUGAAAAGACAAAAAGUGAAUCUCCAGCUAUUUUACCAGAAAAACCUCGGCGCGGUCGUCCCAGAAAAAAAGUUAUCGAAAAUAAUGGAUCUGCUGACCAGGGUAAAACCAAGAAUGACGAACAGACGAACUGUAACGGGACAUCUGCAAGGUCUAGUCUACGAACGGAAAAUCAGAAACUGGUCGCGGUGAAAACGGAAAUAAAGAAAGAGAUUGACGAAGAUCAAGAAUAUUCAGCGGCAUUUCUCUGCGAUACAAAUUUACAUGAGACCAAUGGAAUCAAGGAGGAAUUGAAUAGUUCCUGGACCGAAGAAGAUAUCAAGGAGGAACCUUUUGAUGACGAAAUAGAAUCCUCGAGACGGGGCCGGAAACGUAAGCGAAUCAGUUAUGCUGAGGACCCUGACGUGGUUUUCGUGAAGAGUAAGCCUGUGGUCAAGAAGGUCAAGGAUGUCAGGGACAUCAAGGACGAAGAAAAGGAGUUCUCUGAUGAUGUCAAGGACAUGUGUAGUUGUCAGUGUAAGAUCUGUGACAAGAUAUUUGUUCAUCAUCGAAUGAUAAAACAUAUUGAGAGAACUCACAAGCAGGGCAGCAAGGAUAAAUUUACAUUUCUUAAACUGUCGUACUACAGAUGCAAGAUUUGUUUUGUUGAGAUCCUGUUUAGUUAUUAUAAUAUUAGCCAGCACACUAAACGAUGCCACCAGCUCUCCCUUCAGGAUUACAAGGACAAGGUUGAAGAUGCAUUUAUAGGUGACAUAGUUCUUACAACUGAUCCUGAAGAUGAAUCUGAAUGUAAAGAGUACACUGAUAAUCUAGCAGACAUGUGUCAAUGCAAAUGCAACUAUUGUGAGAAGGUGUUUUUCUAUCAUCAGCUGAAGGCUCAUGUACUGAAAGACCACAAGGAGUCGAUAAUGCAGCAGUGCAAAAUUGAGUUUGUGAAAAGAACAUACUACAAGUGCAAGAUCUGUGACGAGGGAAUGCUGUUCCAUUUUGAUGCAAUUAAUCGACAUCUUUACACGCAUAAAACAUCCCUCAAGGCGUACAAAGCAGCGCAUCCGGCCUUCACCGGCGAGGAGGUUUACAACCAGAACAGGAAAGCGUGCGAGAAGAUAAAGCGGAAAAGGAAAUACGAAUUUGACGCGGCAUGUAUUCAGAAAUGGAGUUGUACAGUGGGUGGAGCGAGGAAAUAUUAUUCAGAUAAUAUUGAUGAAAUGUGCCUAAGGAGAUGCAGACUGUGUAGCGAGGUGAUGAUGCAUGAUGCGUUAAAGUAUCAUCUAACCAACGACCAUAAAGAUUAUGAUGGAAACGCUACAAAUAUGGAUUUUGUUCGAUUAACCUAUCAUAGGUGUAAAGCGUGCCAAAAAGAUAUUAUCUUCACAUACAAUUCUGUAUCCAAGCACACCAAAAGAUGGCACAAACUAAACUUUAAGGAUUACGAAAAGCAAUACAAUGCCUUUAACGAUUCACUCUGCGAUUUGUCCGUACGGGAUCCAGAACCGGACACUGUCCAAUCCUUUGCCCGAUCUAUACCUAUAGCGAAGAAAAGUGCUCCUAAAUCCACUCCAAAAAUAUUCUUUGAAACGCAUCAAGACCUAGUUCCGAAACAGGAAACACUAGAUCAGUCCGACCGGUUACAUCCUCAACUUCCGCAAUACAAUCCGGAAGUUUCUAAACACCUGCCCUGGAACCCAGUAGUUCCGGGGAGAGAGUCUGAACAGAGUUCGCUUGAUCUGACACUGAAGCAUGAGGAUAGUAGGCGGGAAGGAGGUUCAGUACCCUCUACAGGGACUAGGGUAGAAACAUCAAUAUCAGCCGCUCAUUCUUAUGAAGAUUUUUCAAAGAUUGGACUGGGUGUACCUGAUCCUGGCUGGUUUGAUAGAAACACGUUUCAAUGUCUUCAAUGUGGAUUUAUGUCCCGGUCACUUGAACUGUUUGAUGCCCACGUCAAGGGAUAUCACAGUGUCUCCCUCAACGAGUUCUCUCCGUACAUAGCGAAGACCAACGUGAUGUACCGUUGCCUGUGCUGUUUGCAGGAGUUGUAUCACGAGAAGUCCGUGAUCAUGAAUCAUCUUAGCUUCCAUAAUCUUGAUCUAGAGUCGUAUGCCCAUAUAUACCUCAGACAAAGAACUAUGUAUUAGUUACUCAUCAACCUUAAUUUAAUGAUUUGUUUGUAUCCGGCUAGAAGACAAUUUUUAGUGUACUCCUGCUUUUA